CACUACAGACUAGGCAUUUUUAUCUGUACUCUGAAGUUAUUUUUUGUUGUGAUAAUAAGUGAUUGAAUGCCGUUAAAAUCACUAGUUAAGAUAAUUUUAGUGAGUUAAAUUAAUCAUAAUAAAGUGUUUCUAUUACUACGACGUAUCGGAUUUGGAGUCACAAAAUGAACGAUCCAUUGGCUGUUAUUUAUAACGAGGGGUAUUGGCGAGUUAAUAAAGUAUCGCCUAUGUAUGACUUACAGUACAGUGAAUUAAAAUUAAAACAAUAUGCAACGAAAAUUCGUCAAGCUUUAGUAAGCGAUAUAGCUACUAGUUCUGGCUCACAAAUGAUGGUCUCAAUCGAAAGUCUGCCCUUAUUAAAGUAUUCACAUGAAGAUCCUAAUGGUCUGCAGAUAACAGUCUCCUCAUGUUCUAAAGACAGAUUAAAAUCCAACAAUAAAGAGGUAUAUGUGGCCAUCCUCCUCUCAUGGGGUUCAUUUAUAAAUGUAGAUGAUGAAACUACUCACUUACCUUACAUGCUAGAGCGAGGCGAAAGGAGGGUUGGUGAAGCUGUGAAGAACACUAUGCAAACAGUAUUUGACUGUAUUAUAACACUGUUUAAUUUUACAAAGGUUCAGUUAAUGGAAUUUGUUUUUAACCUGCUUGAAAAUGAUACCUCAAAGAGUUCAGACUCGUUUGUGCUGAGAUAUAAGACUCCUCAAGUUAAUUUUAAGGACAAUAUCACUUUGACUUUUGAAAUUGGUGAUGUACGUGCCAUUUGGAAUGGUGUCAAAGAAGUAAAUAAUAUAGAUGAAGGCAGAGAAAAAAGGUCCUACGCUUAUCAAAUCCUCCAGAAUCAAAUAUACCACAUGUACAAACUGGAUGUGACAGUGUUGCAUUUGUGUGAAGUAGGAUUACCUAAAGCAGAAGUUAAAAGCAGUGGUUUAGUGAAAAUGAAAACACCAGAAAUUAUCAACUCAGUGUUUAAUGUUUUAAAUGGAAUCACACACAGAUUAGAAUUAACAAGGCAACCAAUUUUAGAAAAUAGUCCAUAGUCUUGAGGAUAGUCUAGUUGUAAUUUUCCAAAUAUAUAUCAUCAUUGUGUGCAUAAUAAUUUUCAAAUUGAAACUUCUUGGUCGGAGAUGUUUUUUUUAAUGAGGAGGAAUUUAAAUUCAAGGUUAGUUUUAGGCACAUACUUAUAUGGGAGAAACACAUAACAUAUACAGGAGACAGUACUUGGUAGUAAAGAUGUAGUAUGGUGCUGAUUUUGUUGUACACAAAUAGCUAAAUUAUUCAAGUUAACAGGUGUGAAAGUACUAUCCUGCUCUACUGGAAUUAUUGUAAAAAGGAUGGCACUACUCAUGGCACCAUUGUAUAACCUUACACAAGUUAUUGUAAGUGUCAUGCAGAAGAAAAUAAUUAAUGCAAUAAUGAUUUGACUUAAGAGUUUAUAUAAGUAUCACUUUUACCAUGUGUAAUUUACUCAAUCUAAUUGUAAAGUUAAUAUUUAAUAUAUUUUUAAACUUUAAUGAAUGCUAAUUUUGAAAAGGGAUUUUACUUCUUGUUUGAUAUAAGUCAAAUAUUAUUUCCACCUUUGUAUCCAUGCUGGAAGAAUAGAUAAAACUGUGGAGGUAGAUAAACAUUUUGUUCUAUCACCAUUGAGGAAAUAAAUAUUUGUGCUGAUUCUGUUGUACUAAAGUCUCAACUAAAAAGUUGACUUGUCUUAAAGUAGUCCACCCCCUUUUCUCACUCUUAUGUUCUGAAAAAAGGAUAGCACUUGUUUUAGGCAUGUAAACUUAGUUCAGACAUUUACAUACAGCAGAAUGGGCACCAUUGUGUUCAAUAAUUUAUAAGGCUCUGAACAAAGUACAAUUUCUAUACCAAAUUAAUGAGUAUAUAAUUAAAUGUUGACCAGAAAAUACACUUUGGCUUUUAUGACAUGGUGGGGUAUUCAAAUGAAAAAAACAACAAAUUUUUCAACAUUUACUUCAUGAAUUAUAACCUUACAAAUGUGUUUGCAUAUUGUAAUCUUACAAAAUAUUACUACAUUACAAUGUGCUAAACUUAAUUAACCUAUUCUUGUUAACAUGUCUUCAAUAAUUCCUUGCAAGCAGUCCUAUAAGAUCACAAUUUCGUCCAUCGGUAUAUUAAAAUCUUGUGAGACUUUGAGGCUAUUUCAUCAAAAUUAUUUAUUGUGCAAAUUUAAUCACUAGGCCACCACCUUCUUUAAUGUUCAUAUUUAGAUUCAAUAAAUAUAUUUUAUUGGUGGGUUCAAUUCCGUACGUAAAUCUCAAGACCCAAAUUUACAAGUCUAAAAAUAGUGCUAUCCUUUUCUAUGGAAAACAUUGUAAAAAGGACAGCACUAUUUUAACCUGUCAAUUUAGUUCAGAGAUUGCUGUACAACAGAAUUGACACCAUUAUAUAAGAAAAUUCUGGCGGACAAGCUGUUACCAGCUACUAAAAUGUAUAUAACAUAUUAUUUUUAUUACAAUAAAAUAUAAAAAUAAAAUAAACAUCUUUAAUUAACAAAAUGUAUACUUUUUUUUAAAUAAUUUGGUAUUUGUUAGUUUGUUUAAAGGAGAUUAAUUUAAAUAUAUGUCAAAAAAUCAAUAGAAAAAUUGUUCAUUUUGAGUUAGUCAGGGUCGAUACACACAUAUCAGGUCGUCAGCCCAGUUCAGGGAAGUCUGCAUUGCUAUUUUUUAAACAUUGGAACGAUCAGUGUGA